UAAGUUAAAAAGAAAAAGUUCCCACUGGAGAGAGAGUGUGUGUUUCUUCUUCUCAUCAAAUGUGGAAAAUGAAUUUGGGUUGAGUUGCUGUCUCUCAUCAAAUGAUCCUCAGGUAAUUGCUUGAACCCCCCCCCCCCCCCCAAUUAAAUUAGCAUUCAAGGCAAUUUCUUAAAGAUCGUUACGUAAAUUUGGGCAACUGUAGCUUCUGCAUAUAAACUGUUUGAUUGAUUGUCUCAACGAGAAAUAGAAUUUCGCUUUUCCUUAUAAUUAGAAGAUGAAGAAAGCAAGACAAAUUUCCGAUAUUUCGUCUCUUGCCGAAGAGAUUCUUGGGGAUAUUUUUUCAAGAUUACCAGUUAAAACUCUGCUGCGAUUGAAGGUCGUAUGUACACGCUGGUGCACUUUAAUUUCGACCCCCUGGUUUAUCUCUGCUCAGCUCAACAGGUUUAGUUCGGACCCUGAGAACCAUUAUAUCCUUUUUCAGAAUCUGUCGAGAAAUGGUUUGAUCCGUAUACGAAAUCCAGGAUGCUUGAUAAAGCUUAAUGAACCCUGUAUGUCUAAGUAUACUGUUGUAGGUUCAUUCAAUGGCUUGGUCUGUCUAACAACUAAUUGUUUCCGUAAAUUGAUUUGUCUAUGGAACCCUUCGAUAAAUCAAUUCAAGAUUCUCCCUAUGCACAAUUUGAACCUUAAAAGGAAACACAAAUGUAAUGUUAGAGUGGGUUUUGGGUAUGAACAGAAUUCUGAUGAUUACAAGGUCAUGAGGAUUCUAAACUAUGAGAUAGGUGGGCCAGCGACUAUAGUUGAGGUUUACUCAACCAAAUUGGAAUGUUGGAGAGAUGUGAAGACUAAUCAUUGCUUAAACAUGACUAGCGGCAGUUGUGAUGUAAUUGUUGAAGGGUUUACUUACUGGCUUAUCAGAAACUUGAAUGGAGUACCCCGUAAACCUGUUCUUGCCUCGUUUGAUUUGAAGAGAGAGAGGUUCAGCUUAAUUCCAGUACCGGAAGUAGUAACAUCUCAACAUUUUAGGGCCAUGAACUAUCAUGGGUCACUUGCAUUGCUUGCACACUCUUCACACAAUGAAUUCAAGGGGAGUCUUGAUGUUUGGAUGAUUGUAGGUGGUAGCAGUGGAGAGGAAGUAUGGCAAAAGAAGUUCACCUUUGGCAUGGAUUUUGAGUUUUCUAGGCAUUGGGGUCUUACUAGUGGAGAUAUAGUUGUUAAAAAUGCUCCAAACAUGCCGUUCUUGUUCAACCUGAGAACAAAACAAUUAAGGAUAAUAGGAACAAGAUCUAUUCAUUCAGUUUUCUACUAUACUGAGAGCCUUGUAUCGGUUAAGGGUUUCAAGCCUGUCACCAAUCAAUCAAAGGAGAAAAGGAAGGCUUCAUGUCUGUAGAAGAAAAAGCAAGAUAGAGCUAACAGGCCACAUAGCUGAACUGAAGUAAAUGUGGCAAUUCCAACAUAUUAUAUUGUACUUUUUCUUGUUUCUGUUUCAUAAUCAUUUCUAUGAUAGAUCUGUAUCUAAUCUAUCAUAGUUUCUCAAAUGUAUUAAGCAACCUUCACUAUAUAUGCAGUUGUUUUUGCCCCCUCUAACA